AUGCUAAGUGGUGUGGAGAAGAUCAUAUUGGUUCUGGGAGCUGGAGAGUUCCUACUGGGGAUUUUGGGGAAUGGAUUCAUGGUACUAGUGAAUGGCAUUGAUUGGAUCAGGAACAAGAAACUGGCAAUAGGGGAUAUCAUCCUGGUCUGCUUGGCCAUUUCUAGAAUCGGUUUAUUAUGCUCAUUAAUAUGGACUAAUGUUCUACUUGUGCUCUAUCUAGAUGAACUGCUGACCAAUAAAAUUGAGUUUCUAGGUAUUUUCUGGAUGCUGACCUACCUUUCAAGUGUUUGGUUUGCCACUUGCCUCAGUGUCUUUUACUUCCUAAAGACUGCCAACUUUUCCCACCCCCUCUUCCUCUGGCUGAAGUGGAGAAUAAACAAUGUGGUCUUCAUGCUACAAGUGGGACCUUUACCCUUUUCUUUGCCCAUUAACCUUCCAUUGUGGAUGAAAUCUAUUUCCUAUUCAAUCAAUAAAGGAAACAGUACAGAAGUAUUGCAAAAGUACCAAAUACGUGGAAGUCAAUAUUUCACCAUCUAUGUUACCAUGGACCUCUUGGAUUUAAUCCCCUUUAUUCUGUCUCUGGUCUCAUUCUUAUUCCUCAUCCUCUCCCUCUGGAGACACACCCAUCAGAUGAAGCUCAAUGCUACGGGAUCCAAAGACCCCAGCACAGAGGCCCAUGUUCGAGCCAUGAAAUCUAUCUUCUCCUUCCUUAUCCUAUUUGUGCUGUUCUAUUUGGGUAAAUACAUCUCCUACUGGAACUACUUUAUUCCAAAUAGUAGACUGGCUGUGAUAUUGGCACUUCCAUUGCUUUUCCUCUAUCCCUCAGGCCACUCCUUAGUCCUGAUUCUGUACAAUAGCAAGCUGAGACAGGCAGCCCUGAAGAUGCGGUGGCAGGGAUUUGAAAUGGUGAAGCCAAGGUCCAUCCUCGGCACCUGUAGCAGUAGUAUGUCCUCUGGGGGUAGCCAGAGCCUUUGCAGUGGCUUCUGGGCAGUAAGGAUUGAGCAGAUGAGCCGGCCGCUGCUAGAGCACCACCUGACCUGGUACCGAGGCGCCCAGGCUCCUUCUUCAUGGAACGGUCAUGAGCCCUGA